CAGGCCUCCCCGCCGCCCACUACAUCCAGGUUAUCAAUUUAACUGGUGUUUUGCUAUGUUGUUUGGCUACCACAACAUAGAUGCAACACUAGAUUCCAAUCUAACUGAUGAUUUACUUUGAGAUGCAGUGCAUAGGAUCAAAUUGUCCCCAUUUGUAAACAUGGAUUCCAAUUUUAGUGAUACUGUGUCAAUGUAAGUUCUCUGUCCCUUCUAUAGUUUGCAGCUAAGAUGUAUUAGAUCAGUUCUAGCUAACUUCAUCUAACUACUAACUUCGUUGCGUUAAAAUUUGUUAUUAGGCUCGAUGGAGAGCCUGAGCUUACUUUAGCUGUUGUUGACCCAAUUGUUGCUAUUGACGAUAUUGAUUGGAACACACUUCAAAUAGUAGAAAGACAAGAUGAAGAGGGAAGGCUGGAAGUAAUAGAUGAGGAUCAGUUGUAUAAUCUCUUAGGCUUGACGGUUGAUGAAGAGACUCCUCCUGCAGAUGGUAUGGGUAAUGAUGGUGAUGCUAGGAGGGUUGAUAAUGAGGCAGGGAGGGUUGAUGGUGAAGCUCCUCAUCUUUUGGAUGAUAGUUUUGGCGCAUCGAUUCCAGUUGAUGAUGAUGUACCUGAGGAGAGAGUGUUUGUGCACGACCCAGAUAAGCCUAGCAUGAGUAUUGGCACAGUGUAUCCUGACAUGAAAGAGUUUAGAUUGGCUAUGCGCCAAUUUGCUAUAAAUGAGGAAUUUGAGCUCCACAUCGCAAAAACUGACCGAACUAGGUACAUUGGGUAUUGCAAAGGAGAUGGAUGUCCUUGGCAUAUUGUUGAACAAGAGGAGAAUUAUUGGAGAAAGGCUUAGUGGAAGGAUCCUUCCUGCAAUAAUACAUCAAUUAAAAGCAAGGACUAGAGGAUUAGGACAUCUAUCUGUUGUCAAGGCUAACUGCUUUUCUACAGAGAUUUUGGAUAGCAGUAGCACCCAUAACAGGAAUGUGGUGAAGUCUUAUUUGCAUCACUGCACUUGUGAGGAAUGGCAGCACACAGGUAAACCUUGUCAACAUGCUCUUGCUCUAAUCACAGCACAACAAACAAUAGAUGUAAACAUGGAAGACUUUGUGCAUGAAUAUUAUUCUGUUGAGAGGUUUAGGAAAGCAUACUCAAGAUUGAUUGAGCCACUUCCUGACAGAACACAAUGGCCUGAAGUGGACUUGCCAUUUGUUGUUGGCGCACCACUGGACAAAAGGUUUGCUGGUAGACAAAGAAAACUUAGGAUCAAAAGUUGUUUGGAAGGUGGAGGUGGUGGAAAACCCAAAAAAGAUGCAACGGUGGCUGCUGUAAAAGCUGAAUGGGGGACAAAGAAACAAAUGAUCCGGGGAAAAAGAAAGUGCAAAAGAUGUGGUGAACUAGGGCACGGAGAAACAAGCUACAAGUGUUCGCUAAAUGGAACAAAAAAGAGGAAGAGGAAGCCUCGAAAGAAUACCACUAAGUAUGGAGAGAAUGCCAAACUACCAACAAAAAGGAGAGGCCAAAAUGGGGAAGAGACAAAUGCUGCUGUAGACCAAACUGCGCAAGAGACAGGUAAUGCAGACAGAGAUGUGCAAGAGACAAAUGCUAUCAUAUCAAGUCCUAUCAGACCAAAUAGAGAAACAAUAUUGCAGGAUAGCCCUAUUAGAUUGACUAGAAGGGGGCUUGCUAUGUUGCUUGGGGAGAGCACAAGUGAGCAAGCUGACUUCAACCUUGGCAGCAACAAAGAUUUGAAUGUGUCGCCAACAAAGCUUGCAACAAUUAAGAAUGCAAAGCCUGCAAAAAAAAUGACACCAAGGAAGAAGAAGAACCUGACAGCAAGUGAAUGAACUUGUUUGAAAUGUGUCUGUUUGAACUUGUCUGAAAUCAAUGUAUGAACUGUGUGACUCUUUGUAUGAGUCGAAUGUGUGUAAAAUUUAAUAUUUUGCUGUCUGAACAUCUAUGAAACUAGUGAGUCCAAACUGUGAACAUCUAUGAGGUCAUUUGAACUGUGAACUUCUCUGAAAUUUCAUUUGUUUGGUG